UUAACCAUGAUGGAAUAAAAUAAACGAGUUGAUGGUGUGAAGGUACCCUAAAACAUAUUACCUUCACCAUCUCUCUUUAGUUUCUUAUAUUACUUUCACUGGAAGACAAUCCUCUCACAUCAGUCGGUUAACGCGUGUUCCUAAAGACGAGAAAUAUUCAUAAGUUUUGUCAAGUCAUUGAUUUAAGAAAAAUGAAAAGCUUGAUCAUCGUCGUCCUCGUUUUAUCGAGUUCCUGUCUCGGAGACGUCUCACAUAUUUUAUCUGAAUAUUCGACGACAACUACAAGUACAUUAUCACCAUCUCCAAAACCUUAUAGUUUUCAAUACAAAGCGGGACGAUAUCCAGGACACGUUGAUCGAAUUCAUGAAGAAUCCGGAGAUGGUUCUGGAAGCAUUUAUGGAUCUUAUUCGUUCGUUGAUCCUAAGUACAAGGUCCGAAGAAUAGAUUAUGUGGCUGACCAAAAUGGAUUUCAUCCGUCGUUGAUAAAUUACGAAGAUACGCUUAGACAACCCGUUGAUUCGGAAGCUGUGAAACUCGCUAAGGAAAGGCAUUUUCGACUUUACGAAAAAUUGGCUGAAGCCAAUGCGCACGAUGUUGCAAUCAAUAUUCCAAGGGACACUGCCAGUGUUUCCAAAGCGAAGGACAAACAUUUGCAGCUUUAUCAGAAGAUAGCUGAAGAACACGCGGCUAUCGCAUCUCAAAGAAAAGCGGAGCGCGCAGCAUACGAGGCAACAUCGGUUAUUAACGAUGUUAAUGAAUAUCAAACGUAUUAAAAAUGCUAAUUAAAGAAAUCGAUUUUUCAAAUAGUAUCAAAUAAUAUUUCUAAUAAAUUUUGUCUUGAAUUUAAAAGCAAGAACGAAUGCGAUGCGAAUGCGAUGCGAAUGCGAUGCGAAUGCGAUAAAAACAAAAAAGAGACGUGUAUUAUUAAUAAUUAACAACACGUGAAUCAUACACACAUGAAAUGUCCAUAAGUGAUUACCGGAAGUUGCGCUAUAUGUAUUAAAAAAAGAUAAAUACUAUAAUUGCAGUAUGUGUUGGUAUAAAAGUCUAAGCGUGACAAAAAGUAGAAUUGUCAUUUUUCAUAUCUCCGGAAGGAUGAAGUUCUACGGUAUUUGGUUUCUGCUUUUUGCCAUAUUCUGUAUCACGAUUGCAGUGGGUAGAAGCAUCGAUUGUACCGAUAAUGCUUUUCUCAAAUCUAAAAGCAUUGCUUGUUACGGUCGUCGUGGAGGUGGAACAGGAAAUACCGGGGGAAAUACCGGGGGAAGCGACGGAGGUACAGGAAGUGGAACGAAUGGAAGUGAUGGAAAUGGAGCUAAUGGUGCACCAGGAGCUAUGAAUCCUAUGGCUAUGGCACAACGAGCAAUGGGUACGAUGAUGGACAUGAUGUCAAAUAUGAAUCCCAUGGGCUAAAUCGCACAUUCAUUUGAAAUUAUUGCAUUCUGUAUCGAAUCAACUUGCACAAAUGUGUGUGAUAUUAUUAGUACUUUAUAAUAAUCUAAAAUGUUUCUUCUUGUGUUGUUCAAAAUAUUACUAUAUUAAAUAAUAAUAAUUAAUGAAAAAAAUCAUCCUAAUUAGCAUUCAAAUAAAUCCAAAUAGUUAAUAUUCACGUCAACGGAUAAAGAAUUUAUUUACCAAUAAUAUUGGCAGUAAUAUUAGAAACUAUACAAAGUAUUACGAAUAUACGAUAUAUAUACGUGUGUAUAUAUUUUAUGAAAUAAUUAUACAUUAAACACA